CUGUCGGCCCGCCGUCACACCCGCCGUGGCGGCAGCCCGCCGCCCGCCCUUCCGGGUCGCCCAGGAUGGCGGAGCGCCUCCGCUUGGUUUCCGCAGCAACGGCGCCCGCCAGUCCCGGGCCCCACCGAGAGGCACGGCGGACCUGCGGCGGGCUGAGGCAGAGCCACUGCUGGGACGUCGCCCCGGCCGGCCGCGGCCCCGGCCCUUGGGAGUCGGACGAGCGCACGGAGAUCGCGGCCGUGCUGGAGAAGUGCGUGGCGGAAGGCUUCGCGAGCCAGGAGGCAUUGGAUUUAGCCUGUGAAGAAUUCGAGUGCUUUGUGAGGUUUUCAGAGAGGGAAAAAAUGGCAAAGAUUCAAGCAGAAAUCAAUGAGAAGAAGCUGGAAACUGAACUUCUGCAAUUGGAGCUGGAGACAGCAGACAUAGUUCAUCCUUUUUAUCUAAGUAAAAAAUACCAGAUAUUGCAAGAUGUGAACAGACAUUUGGAAGCAGUACUGAAAGAGAAGAGAAGACUUAGGCAGAGGCUGAUUAAGCCCAUAUGUCAAGAGAUGCUGCCUAUUAAGGCUGAUUUCCACAAGUAUGUAGUGGAGUUGUUGACUGAGGCUGUGACUUUCAUUGAGAAGUUGGAAAACCAUUUGCAGACUGUAAAAACGAUCCCUCAGGUACCAACUUUCAUGAAGAAUCUGGACAUUGCUUUGACAAAAACAGAGGUGCUGGUGACAGACUUGGAAGAGCUGACCGAGCAAAUAUUGCAGUGGAGAGAAGUGCAAAAAGAAGUAUAUUCUGACAGCAUUUGCAAUACUGCUGAAUUGGACUUGGGCUUAUCUACCUAACAAAUGAUGUUUUUCUUCAUACGAGAUAACUGCUUGAAGAACUGCCGUGCAAGUCUCCUGUGGAAACUGCAACACAGUUGUGCCUUAAAUUAACAGGGAUUUUGUAGAUAGUUAUAUUUAUGUUCUGACAUUGUAGUUCGAUGUUUUUCAACUAAUUGAAAACAAAAACAGAUGAUAAAAGGCUGAGUGGUAUCUUGUAAGUAGAUGGACUGCUGAGAGGACUUAGAGAGUUCCUCUUUGAAAUAGUUGACAGUCUCUUGGAGUCUUUAUCUUCAGUGCAAAUUUGUUUGUAUAUUUCUCACAUGUUGGCUAUAGAACCUCUAUUCAUUUUUAGAGGUAUGUUUAUAAUGGCAUACAAAAUACAAUGUAUUAUCAAACUUCAAUAAAAGUACUAGAUUUCAAGAUCUAAA